CAGUACAGAUGAUAUACCGUCUCUUCUCCAACCUUUGAUCACCUGGCGGUAAUUAGAUUACAAAAUGGAGGUCCACAAUGUGUCCUGGUUAAGGUGUGGGACUUUAUUAAUAUUAGGUCUUAUAUCACGGGUAUCUGCUGAUCUUCCUCCACACGGACUGGACACAACUGUGUGUAACCCCUCAACGUUAACAAAUGGAGGUCUUGUAUCAAAACCUACACUACCAAAUACAUACAGUGUGAAAGUGGAGUGUAACUUUGCCGAUAAGAGUCAGUCAAUUGAUAUAUCCGAGUAUUAUGAUUACCCAAACCAGCGGGCUACAGUUUAUGAGGAGGAGUUGGGUCUUCACGUCCAAGGCAUCUACUCAUAUAAUACCAACGAACUCUUCACUAUAGAGGACCAACUCAAUACUUGCAGCGUGGCACAGUUAUCCUCGGAUUCCGCCGACAACUGGCUGUUUGGCUACAAAACAGGCAGCACCAAUCCGAAUGUCCCAAAAAUGUUCAGCGCCUACGGCGCGCUUCAUUUUGGCGGGAACCAGACAGAACAGUAUAUGGGUACCGCCGUGGUGCGUGGAAUGCUGGUCGACCAGUGGAAAUCUUGUCUGUACUGGCCUAACAUGGACGCCACCAUGACCGUUAACUGGUAUUUCACAACCUCUGGUUGGAACACUGCUAUUCAGUCCAGAAUCCCUGUCCGUGCCACAGUGGUCGGUAACAUCUGGGAACCAAACCUCCAGAACACUGCACGCGUGGCCCGCGCUUUUAACCACACCUAUGAGUUUGCCGAAUUCAGGAGUCAGUUCCCUGAUUAUGUUGACCUCUCAUCAGUGUUUGAGACACCAUCAGGAAUCCUGUGUCCAGGUAGAAAAGAUACGAAACCCGUCCCGACACCCUCUAACUAUUUCCGGUUUACAUCCGAAAUUCUGAACCCUGAUCAGAAAACCAUUGGAUUUAUCAAAGAAUGGUAUGAUUUUAAUAUGAGCCUGGUUCGGUACGACUACAAACCAAAUCCGUUAACAUUCAAUCCCUAUGGCCUGGACAUGUUAUCUGAAGUACAUGACUGGAACGAAGGUGUGGCCUACAGAAUGGACAAGGUGCGCGGUAACUGUACGGUAACUACCAUAGCUCCAACAGACUUUGACGCUCACGCUCUAGACGCCACUACCGUCAGAAUACGUACAGCCAAGGAAUUCUUCUACUUUGACAAAACACAGUAUGCUUAUGAAGGCAUUAAAAAAGCGCGCGGUAUAGAUUGCAAUGUAUGGAUAGCUAAAAGAAGUGAUUGGCCAGCGAACGGCCCCGUCAAUAGCACGUGGGAGUGGUAUUUUGCUGUGAAUGACUGGGUCCAGAGUACAGGUCAUACUUAUGAUUUUGGGAUGCCUAUACAGAUGAAACUUACCACUGAUACCAUCUCAUUUAUUUACAACAUGUACGACUAUGACGAAGAACAACCUAGUAUUUUCGACUUCGACAUCUCUAGUUGUUUUAACUACACGGAGAAAAGAGAUUUUACCUUCAAAUUAGACGCUAUUUACCAGAACACAGUGGGCAAGAACUUACAGCUGUUUAAGUACGAGACUCUCUUAACCGUUCACAAAUGGACAAAUCUCUCACCACUCAGGAUCCAGAAUAUAAAGGUGGAUUACGACACAACCCAUGUGAUUGUGACGUUGACUGUCCUAGGUGGCGCUCCAAUACAGGGUGAUGUCGCUAAUCCCAAGGCCCAAGUAGAUCUGGAUCAGGCAGCCACGAUGUUAAAUGCAGCCAUCAACAGAGGAGACUUCCAAGUACCCGUGGACAUUACAAAUUUAGCAAAUCCAAUCAUUUUAAAGGCGUCACCGUACACACUGAGCACAAGCCAGCAUCAGAACAUAGCCGAGUAUUACGUGGCCCCUCCUCCUUCAAAAACAACAUAUACUGCAGGUCAAAUGGCGGGUCUUGGAAUUGGGAUGCUGGUGUUCGCCUUCAUUAUUGUGUUUGUAGCCCUUGCUGUUUAUUUCAAGAAAUUCAGUUCCUCAUCCAACGUACAAACAAGCUCAUUGGAAAACCCAACAUAUAAUAAGGAUUAACAAAUAUGAUGUCAUCAUUACAUUAUUUCCGAUUCCUCUUGUCCAUUUUGUGAAUCUGGUGUCACUUUAUUGAGGGAAAAAAGAUUUAUGGAUGAAAAAUUGAUAGUGUAAACUUUUUUAUGGAGGUAACAGACAUUUAUACAUAUUGGUCGCAGACAAAAUAUGUAACUUUUAUAGGUCAAUUUCGGUGACUAAAAGUUCAUGUAUUAAUAUAUCUGGCACAACUUCUGUUAUGGAGUGUUUACAGUUCCAGUUGUGAGAUUCUGUGGAGUUAUUUUAAAAGAAUUAACUGAAUUAUUUUAUUUCACGUGUAUAUUUAUU